AUGGUUCGUCCAAGGCCUGUCGUUCAAGACCUUCUCGCCGAUCUUCCAAUUGACGCCGAAGCCGCACCAACGCAAUCAAUGCUCCCACCCAAACCAAAGAGAGUUAAAAAAGCUCAGCCUAAAGCCAAGGCUACAGAUGCCGAAGCUGAGGAUGCUGCGCCUAUUUCAAAGCUGGCAGAAAACAAAAAAUCAACCUCUGUUUCCACCAAGAGGUCAGCUGAGGGUCAACCCUCAGGGUCUACUCAAUCAAAGAGGCCAAGGUCAUCGUCUGCGACGACCUCGGCUUCAAAGAAGCCUGACGUCCCCUGGGCCCCUGAUCUAUCCCUGGAGGAUAGGCCCAUUAUGGUUAGUGAAAGUGCUGACGACAUUAACGUUGGUGUCGCCCUCAGCACUGCUCUUCUCCUUCCGAAUGACUUGGAACGAAAUGCUAAGCUUACUGAAGGUAAAUCAGAAUCUGAUGCUGACGCCGAGGAUGAAGAUAAGGAAACCAAUGAAGAAGCCUUGGGUGAUGAGGUCAAGGAGGCAACUAGGGAAACUGCUACUGGGCAGCUAUCGUCCAAUCUUCUCUUGAUAGAAAGAAGUGUUGAGGAAUCAUUAGCAGAGAUUGAUGCCGAGAUACAAGCGGAUAAAGUGGCUGACGAGGUUCCACCAGAAUCGUCCGAGGUCCCAGUCCCUGCAGUGGCUAACAUUGAAGAAGCUUGA